AUGUGUCUGGGUUUUGUCCAAAACUACGCUGGAUUCGUGGCAGUUCGCGCUCUCCUGGGAGUUGCUGAGGGUGGAUUGCUACCCGGAAUGGUGCUUUACUUGUCCUCCUUCUACCGACGUACAGAUCUCGCUCUUCGCAUUGGUUUGUUCUAUACCGCAGCCUCGCUGUCAGGUGCCUUUGGCGGUCUUCUUGCCCGCGGACUCGCCGAAAUUGCCCCCCGAGGAGGACUGGAAGGAUGGAGAUGGAUUUUCAUCAUCGAGGGUCUUUUGACCGUUGCAUGUGGUGCUCUCAGCUUUUUUCUUCUUCCAAAUUCUCUGGCAUCGGCAUCGUUCUUGUCAGAUGACGAGAGAGCGUUUGGUCAAGAGAGAUUACUGCUGGAUAAUCCUAAAAGCGCAGAUGGGACUCUUGUUGCCGAGGAAGAAAAGUUCAUGUGGUCUGAAGUACGUCGCGGUGUGUUGAAUGUGCAACUUUGGCUCACUGCAUCCGCGUACUUUGCCAUUUUAUCUGGUCUUUACUCGUUUGGGUUGUUUCUACCGACCAUUAUCCAAAAUCUUGGAUUUGCCAAAGAUGCCAACGAAGUCCAGCUUUGGUCUGUCAUUCCCUAUGCAGUGGCAACUGUCGUUACAGUAAUUGUGGCCUUUGUAUCGGAUCGUCUUCAUCUGCGAGGUGUUGUGAUGCUCUUCACCCUUCCAAUUGCUAUCAUCGGCUACGCCGUCAUUGCCAAUAUCGACUCUCCCAAAGUUCAAUAUGGGAUGACCUUCCUUAUGGCCACUGGACAGUAUGCCAGUGUUCCAUGCAUAUUGGUUUGGAUGUCAAACAAUUCAGCCGGACACUAUAAACGAGCCACAACAUCAGCGUUGCAGCUGGCAAUCGCAAAUUGCGGUGGAUUUGUUGCGACUUUCAACUAUCCCUCCAAGGAUGGACCACAGUUCCAUCGGGGACACACCAUCAUCCUUGGCUUGCUUGUAUUUGCGUGGUUUAUGAUUCUGUGCAAUGUCUUAUAUUGCGCCAAAGUCAAUCGCGACAAGAAGAAUGGCAAAUACGACCAAUACAUGGGGUACAAUGAUGACCGCAACCCUGACUUCAAGUUGGUACUGUGA